CCUCACACUCGUUUACCUGCACUCUCUCAGUCGCUUCCACUCGUUUAAUCACUCGCCCGUGACUUCGUUAAAAUGGUUCACUAUUCUAUCUUUGCCGUGGCUUUUGCCAUUCUCGGAGCCGAAGCUGGUCCCUGCCGACCCACGACCGUGACAAGCCACGCUGUGGCCUCUUCGACGGUCGCUUCCGACACCACGGUUACUACGUUGGCUACGACUGUGACCACUGCCCUUGCCGAGACCACUUCUACCGCUGUAGAUGAAACCACUUCUACUGCGGUUGCAGAAACCACGACGACUACCGAAGCACCCGGCUGCGUUGAGACCCAGGUCGUUGUCAACCCCGGCUUCGAUGACAGCGACAGCAAUAAGUCACCUUGGUCCGGCGACGGCUCGCUCACCACCGACGGCCCCAAUUCCGCUCCCAACGCCAUAUCCUUCAUCUUCACAAAUGGCCAAGGCAGCGCCCAAAUUUCCCAGACUCUGACCAACCUCGACGGCAACUACCGACUAUCUUACAAAUGGGGUGUCUUUUCCGGUGUCAACGUCGGCUCUGGUUUCUCAUGCACUAUCACCCCCAAGGUCGGAAACGAUAAUCUUCCUGGCAUUUAUCCCUACACCUUCGUCGGUUGGACUCCCGAGAGUCAGACUUGGUCAAGCGGUGCUUUACGUCACUCAGCAUCCAUGAGUAGCCUAAAUUCCCAAUGGAGCCGCAUAGCUGACACCGUCUUACCGCCAAGACACCAUGAUCUCCUACUGCAAGAUCUCGAUGUAUGCUUCUCUUUAGCUAUACAAGAUUCAACGAAACCCCACGAUAAUGUGAUUUCAAUCGCCAUCAAAUCAACCUACGAAGAUGACUACCUGCUCGAGUUCGCCAGCACGCCUCCAAAGGUAGACCUUCGUGGAGUCGAUAAAGUAGACUCAGACACUGUAUUCCGCCUAGCCAGUCUGUCAAAAGUCUUCCCUGUACUGGCCUUGUUGAAACUUCACAAGGUUGACUUUGACGAUGUUGUUACGAAAUACGUACCUGAACUUCGCGCAUUGAAAAAAGAAGCUCGAAAGCAAGAUGCUGUUUGGGCAGUUGACUGGGAUCAAGUCACUAUUGGGGCAUUGGCGUCUCAUAUCGGCGGUAUACCAGCUGACUUGGCAACUGAUGUCGAGCCUUACGGAGACUGGACAAAACUUGGCUUUCCAACAGCUGACCCAUCUAAAAGCCUCAACUGCUCUGGUAUUUUAGGUAUCCCAGAGUGCAGUAAAGCAGACUUCUUUGAACGGUUCGGCGAGAGGUCCCCUGUGUACGCACCCUACGCUGUGAACCCUGUUUACUCAAACGUAGGAUUCGCUAUAAUGGGAUGGAUCAUUGAGAAGGUCAGCGGUAUGUCUUCUGGGGAGUUCAUCAAGAAGGAGAUCUGGGAUCCUACUGGAAUGGAGCAUACAUUCUACUCGAAGCCCGAUGACUCAUUGGGAUUCAUCCCCGUUGAUGAUGAGUGGUGGAACGCAACCCUUGGCUAUGGUGAUCCGGCUGGGGAAUAUUAUUCUUCUAUCAAUGAUAUAAUGGCUUUUGGAGACGCGAUCCUCAAGAACAAACUUCUUGGUCCUGCUGAGACAAGAAAGUGGAUGAAGCCUGCUACUAGUACAUCAUCAAGAGGUAUUUUGCUAGGCGAGCCUUGGGAGAUAUUCCGCGCCGACAACGUCACCAAGGACAGCCGCCUCAUUGAGUUUUACACCAAGGCCGGUGAUAUCACCACGUAUCAUUCGCUCAUGGUGUUGAUCCCGGACUACAACUUGACCAUUACCCUUCUCAACGCUGGUCCUGAAGUCAGCGGCGGUCUUCUUCAAACUCUCUUUUCGGAAAUCGCCAAAGAACUCCUCCCUGCUGUGGAAGAGGCCGGCAAGGAUGAAGCUGCCAAGAUCUACGGUGGUACAUACACCGAUGACAAAACCAACUCUACGCUUACCCUCUCAGUUGAUGAUGAGCCAGGUUUCCACAUCACGAACUGGACAGUCAGAGGCAUUGACAUCGCAAGUACAUACCUCAGCAUCGGGCUACCACCAACCUUUCCUACACCUCUAGGGCAAGUCCGCUUCCGCUUAUACCCAACUGGUCUCAAGAGCGAUACUGAAUCGUCAUGGCGAAUGAUGUACACUGUUGGGUCAGAGAAGGAUAAUGAGGAAGCAAAUGCGCUGUUUGCCUGGCCAGAUGGGAACUGUAAUACUUGGGCAUCGUUGGAUCGUAUUGUGUACCAGCUUUUGUCUCAUGAUCAUUUUGUGUUUACUGAAUCUGGGAAGGGCCGUGAUAGGACGGCUGAGAAACUUGAGCUUGUUGGCUACAGGGUUACAAUGGAUAAAGACAGCUAG